CAAUUUUGUAACAUAAUUGUUGUUUUGUUCGUUAAUGCGUCAUAUCUGGAAAUAUUCGGCUAUAUUUGUAUCUGAACACUAAACCGUCAGAAACGCUUUGUAUUAUGAGGUGCUCCUGAUGCAACCGGUCCGCUAGCCCUGUGUGUACGCUUAAUCGGACGCCCUUUCAUUCGGUCCCAGUGCUUACUGGAUAAGAAAGCAAUUUCAGAUCAGCAACUGCUCAUCAAUGCCUCAUGAGAACAUUUGGAUCCAUUUAAAGACUGGGCAUAAUUGCAAUGAACCGCUGUAAAAGAUAUUUAUGUCGGCUCUAUCAGGAACAGCAUCUAGUGUACUACUUCCAUACGGAACUCUACAACUGUGGGGUCGACGACUGAAUCGAACACUGGAAGAAACAAAAUUGGACGAAGAAGAGAUUGACGAAGUUACCGAUUCCAGCACAACUGAUCCGGUCGCAGCUUCCGAGCGUCUCGUAAUCAAUGUGAGUGGGCUCCGAUUUGAGACGCAGUUACACACUGUUAGCCAAUUUCCCGACACCCUGUUGGGGAACCCAAGAAAGCGGAAUCGAUACUAUGAUCCAUUACGGAACGAAUAUUUUUUCGAUCGCAAUCGGUCUAGCUUUGACGGGAUCUUGUAUUAUUACCAGAGCGGCGGGCGACUUCGACGUCCAGUCAACGUGCCAAUCGAUGUGUUUACAGAGGAAAUCAAAUUCUAUGAACUUGGAGAGGAGGUGCUGACAAAGUAUAGAGAAGAGGAGGGAUUUAUAAAAGACGAACCACGACUUUUGCCAAAGAACAAAUUCCAAAGGAAAGUUUGGUUACUGUUUGAAUAUCCAGAAAGUUCCCUGCCGGCAAGGUUCCUAGCCAUAGGGUCUGUGGUCGUUAUCGUCCUAUCGAUUAUUAUUUUCUGCAUUGAAACACUACCUCACUUCAAACAAUACAGAACCAUUGUCGAAUCCGAAGACAUUGGAACAAACAAACUACCAGCCAUACAGGAAGAUGAUCUUCCAACCCUUGACCAACCAUUUUUCGUAGUAGAAACAUUUUGUAUUGUGUGGUUUAGCAGUGAAUUGCUCAUACGCUUUGCAUCAGCACCAAAGAAAAUACUAUUCUUUAAGGUCAUGAUGAACGUGAUUGACUUGGUAUCAAUUAUACCCUAUUUCAUCACGCUUGGGGCUGUUAUUGUGGAUGACCCUAAAAGGCAGAAUCAGACAACCUCCUUGGCCGUGCUCCGCGUCAUACGACUGGUUCGUGUGUUUCGGAUUUUCAAACUAUCGAGACAUUCAAAAGGGUUGCAGAUUCUUGGACAAACACUCCGUGCAAGUGUGCGAGAGCUGGGAUUGCUCGUAUUCUUUCUUCUAAUUUGUGUGAUCCUAUUCUCGUCGGCCGUUUAUUUUGCUGAAGCAGAUGCGGACACCUCAUUGUUUCGAAGUAUACCUGAUGGAUUUUGGUGGGCUGUAGUUACCAUGACCACCGUAGGUUAUGGUGAUAUGCGACCCGUAACACUCUGGGGUAAACUCAUCGGUUCCCUCUGUGCCAUUGCGGGGGUUCUAACCAUUGCCUUACCUGUACCUGUGAUUGUUUCCAACUUUAACUACUUCUAUCACCGUGAGACCGAGAGUGAAGAAACAGUGGAUCAUUCUUCUUCAACGGAUGAUGAAGACGAGGAUAAGAAGCUCGAAGAGGGGCGAGCGAUAGCCAAUAAAAACCGGCUUACACGGAAAAAACAAGAUCCCUCAAAACGUGACACGUCUACCCCGGAGUGUGAUAAUAAAAGUGCCUUGAAACAUAAUUCUAUGCAGAUUCCACUUGAAACGUUUGAUGGAUUUCAUCAAAAUGAUAUUGAGCACCGACCAAGUCGAUCCAACACAUCAAACGUAUGAAAGAACCAGCUCUUCUUCGUGCCCAAAACUAUACAUAAUCGGUUGAGACCCACGCGGGGAUUGCCAGUGAAAACUGCCUAGUGUGGGUUGAAGCGACGGCUGGAUUGAUCCGACUUUCAACUACAAAUUCAGGCCAGGAUUUUUCCACAGUCUGUCUCACAUUGUCGGCGCCCAGGACCAUUCAAACCUGUCAAGCUCCUGUGUAUAUUUGACAAUCAAACCCCACCUCCUCCACCCUAGUUGCAACUUGCUCAAAUCAUCUAGUUCAACCACACUGGACAUGACGGUGCACCUAGAGUAGGACGACAGUAUCAAUUGGGGGUUGUGAUCGGCAUGCUUCAGUGUGUUUUAGGCUCAUCCGUUGUGGCUAGUACUGAGCAAUAAGGCAACUGUAACUGCUCGUUUUUGUGCUUUCGAAUGUACCAUGAAUGUAGAUAGCGUGCUGUUCACCAACAUUAAACUGUUUAUAAUGGAAU